AUGGACUCUAGCAAAAAAUAUGUGAAACCCUCCCCAGAAAUAUCAUCAAAUAUAUGUUCCAGACUGUUUUAUUGUUGGUUUCUACCGUUUUUCAAAUUUGGAUUCCAGAAUGAUUUGCAGGUCAAAGAUAUAUUCAAUACUACUAAGUAUGAUUUGUCUGGAUCCCUAGCAGAUGAAUUGGAAAGGAAUUGGGACUAUGAAAUUCAGAAACAAAAUGGAAAGAAACAGGCAAAACCAAGUUUAACAAGAGCCAUUUUCAAGACGUUUUACAAGCCAUAUUCAGUUUAUGGAAUUUGGUUGUUCCUACAAUGUGCUGUCAUCAGGAUGCUCCAGCCCUUAGUACUAGCCCUAUACAUAAAGUUCUUUGAUUCCACCUCAGAGGAAAUGAGCCUGAACACUGGUUGGCUUCUGGGAUCUGGGGUGGUUUUGAUGGCAUUUCUAAACAUUGUCAUCACUCACUACACCAGUUUGGGUUGUCAGAGAGUGGGUAUGAGGGUUAGAAUUGCUUGCUGUUCCCUUAUCUACAGAAAACUCCUGAAGUUGAAUCAUACAUCUCUGGGUCAGACAGCUGCUGGUCAGCUGGUCAAUCUCUUGUCCAAUGACGUCCUGCGUUUCGAUUUGGCCUCGAACUUUCUACAUUACUCAUGGAUAAUGCCCGUCCAGUCUGUACUUGCUUUCUACGUCAUGUACUCUAGUGUUGGUAUAGCUGCCAUAGCUGGCAUGCUGGCUAUCACCAUACAGGCCAUACCUGUACAAGGUUAUUUGUCGAAAUUACAGGGUACCCUGAGGUACAAAAUAGCAUUGAGGACUGACCACCGUGUCAAACUGAUGAGUGAAAUCACCUCUGGAAUACAAGUAAUAAAAAUGUAUGCCUGGGAAAAGCCUUUUGAAAAAGUUGUAGAACUCGCCAGAAAGUUAGAAAUAGACGUAGUCGCAAAAACCUCCUACAUCCGAGGCGUCUCUAUGGCCAUGAUGGUCUUCACUGAACGAGUCACCCUAUAUCUGACCAUCAUCAUGUACGUGCUGAUUGGCCAGAGACUGACGGGCAACGUGGUUUUUUCCAUGGCCCAGCUAUUCAAUACCGUCCAACUCUACAUGUCCAUUUACUUUCCUUUGGCUCUGUCCAGUUAUGCAGAGGCUAAAGUGUCCAUCGAGAGGAUCGAGAAGUUUUUAUUGAUGAAGGAGAAUACUGAUAAAAACGAUGAUGGAGAAACGAUAUUGGUUGACAAGGAGAAUACUGGAGAGGUUAGGUUGGUGAAAGCCAGCGCCAGCUGGAUGCCCAAUCCGAUAGUGUCUACUUUGAUGGACGUCAAUUUAGACGUGAAACCGGGCACAUUAUGUUGCAUAGUAGGUGGCGUUGGAGCGGGAAAAUCUAGCCUCCUACAGGUGUUCCUCAAAGAGUUGCCGUUGACAAGUGGCAAAUUGCAUGUUUCCGGGGUGACAGCAUACGCUUCCCAAGAGCCCUGGCUGUUCGUAUCGAGCGUCAGGAACAACAUUCUGUUCGGGAAACCGUACUUGAGAGAUAGGUACAGGGACGUGAUUCGAGUGUGCGCCCUGCAAAGGGACUUCGAACAGUUCCCUCACGGCGACAAAACCCUCGUAGGGGAAAGAGGGGUCUCUUUGAGCGGAGGCCAAAGAGCCAGGAUCAACCUGGCUAGGGCUGUGUAUUCCGAGGCCGACAUUUACCUUUUCGACGAUCCUCUUUCUGCUGUGGAUACUCACGUGGGGAAACACCUGUUUGAGCAAUGUCUGCAACAGUACCUGAGAGGGAAGACGAGGAUUUUGGUGACGCAUCAGCUGCAGUUCAUGAAGAAGGCGGAUCUGAUCGUCGUGAUUAAUAAUGGAAAAAUAGAUAAAGUCGGUGCCUUCAAGGACAUGUCAGAGAGCGAACUGAAAAGUCUGCAGCAGGAACAGCAACCGGAAGAGGAAAGGGAAAGGGCACAGUCGAUUUCAAUGGAAAAAGGCCCCGUCGCCAGAGACAGAAUCCAAUCUGUCGUCUCUUUUGGGAGUUCCGUUGCGAAUUUGAACGAAGAAGACCCGCAAGAAACGGACGAACUGAUCGAAAAAGGGGCCGUACCCACAUCCACGUAUGUCAACUACUGCCGAGCUGGGGCCAGUUUGUUCACUCUGUUCUUUUUAAUUGCUCUGCUGAUAAUUGCUCAGGCGGCUUCCAACGCUUCUGAUCUGUGGUUAACGCACUGGACAAACGUUGAAGAAUGGCGUUAUUCCAAAUCUAUACAAGUUUCGAAUUCGACUUCUUCUACCACUAUAGCACCGACAUUCCAAAACAAUUCCGAAGUAGAUUUUCUUGCCAAAUCCACUCUACCCCAGCACGAAACCGUUCUUGAUGCGGAUAAUUACGGUACUCAGGAGUACUACAUCUACGUCUACACGGUGUUCAUAAUAGGUUCCGUCCUUUUGACGACAGCGAGGUCGCUGCUCUACUACAAGGUGUGCAUGACCGCGUCCAAGGUGUUGCACAACAGGAUGUUCACCAACAUUCUGCAAGCUCCGAUGAGGUUCUUCGAUACCAAUCCGUCAGGUAGGAUAUUGAACAGGUUCUCGAAAGACAUGGGCGCAGUGGACGAACUGCUGCCCAGAGCCGCUCUGGAUGCCAUCCAGAUCUUCUUGGUCAUGUCCGGCAUCCUCGUGAUGGUUUUCAUCAAGUCCUAUUGGAUGUUGAUCCCCGCCGCGGUCCUCGGCCUCCUGUUCUACUACUUCAGGGUGGUGUAUUUGGCCUCCGCUCAAGACAUCAAACGUUUGGAGGGAGUCACUAGAGCCCCAGUCUUUUCUCAUAUUUCUGCCACGUUGUACGGUCUACCGACUAUCAGGUCAUCGAAUGCCGAACAGAUGGUCAUCCAGGAAUUCGACACCCUGCAAGACCAGCACACGAGCACGUGGUUCCUAUUUCUAGUCAGCAGCGAAACUUUCGGCUUCUAUUUGGACGUCAUCAGCACCGUAUUUCUCGCUAUGGUCACAUUCCAGUUCCUCAUAUUCAGAAAUGAAACUACGCUGAGUGGUGACGUCGGCUUGGUGAUAUCGCAAAGCCUCAUCCUUACCGGCAUGCUCCAGUUCGGCGUUCGUCAAACGGCAGAAGUGUCCAGCAACAUGAUAAGCGUCGAACGGGUGUUGCAGUACACCAAAUUGGACAAGGAGGGGCCGUUCGAGUCACUCCCGACGAAGAGGCCACCAAGGGAGUGGCCCGAUAAAGGGGAGGUCAAGUUCGAGGGGACGUACUUGAGGUACGCGCCAGAGUUGCCAGCCGUGUUGAAGGAUUUGAACAUUCAUAUACGGCCCGGGGAGAAGAUCGGUAUCGUGGGCAGGACCGGCGCAGGCAAGUCCACCAUGAUAGCCUCCCUGUUCCGACUGGCCCCCAUCGACGGCACCAUAGCCAUCGACGGCCUGGACACGGCCGACGUCGGCCUCAACGAUCUGCGACUGAACAUCUCCAUCAUCCCGCAGGAGCCCAUCCUGUUCUCGGCAUCUGUCCGGUACAAUUUGGACCCGUUCGAGAAGCACACCGACGAAACGUUGUGGAAGGCGCUCGAGAAUGUGGAAUUGAAAGGGGCUAUAACAGAUUUGAACCAACAAGUCAGCGAAGGUGGUUCAAAUUUCAGUGCUGGACAGAGGCAGUUGAUAUGCUUAGCCAGAGCCAUAGUCCGUAACAAUAAAAUAUUGGUUAUGGACGAAGCAACUGCCAAUGUCGAUCCACAAACGGACGCUCUCAUCCAGAAAACCAUCCGAGACCGUUUCGCCCCCUGCACCGUCCUCACCAUCGCCCAUCGCCUCAACACCGUCAUGGACAGCGACAGGGUGAUGGUGAUGGACGCGGGCAGGGCGGUCGAGUUCGCGCACGCGCACCAACUCCUGGCCGACGAUAACAGCUACCUCAGCAGCAUGGUGAGAGAGACGGGGGCGGGACUGGAGGGCAAAUUGAGGCGGGUGGCGCAGGAGGACUACGAGAAGAAGUUCGGGGGCAAGGAGAGUGGGGAUGGGACUGACAAGAAAGAGGACUAG